CAGGGCAGCGAGGGGGGGCUUCGGGGAGGUGGGCUUCCCUGGAGCUCGGCGUCGGGUUAAAAGCGAGGCGCUUAAGUGCGAAAAGGCCUUCUCCAGGCUGUGGUGUUGGGUGAGGAAGCGAGGCCGAGCGCCGGGGGAUGCUGAAUCCCGGCUGUGCAGGAACCGCUCCAUGCGGCGGCGUGUGGCACUCGCACCCUUCCACCAGCUGCCGGCAGUACGCCAGCCGAGACCCUUGUCAGAAGUGUCCUGCUCCACUUCCUCCUUCUCUUGCGUUUUGGCAUUUUGGCAUCAUUUGACUGAAUCCACCCCCGGCUGGAGCGGUGUGAACUACGUGAGCUUUCAUGAACAGCCCCAGCGACAACACCUGUUGGUUUCUGCUUUUUAAAAUAUGGCCUCUAAUUGCCAGUGCCAGUAGUCAAUACCCUGGUGACUCGCGAAGUUUUGUGUAACGCUGUGAUAGUUCACACCACUGUUGGGAGCUGAUAACUAAGUCACGGAUUUCCUCAAACUCCCUGGUCCUGGCCAGUUUCAGAGAACUGGGGCAGGUGCAUCUGAAAGCACAGAUGCAGGUAUAAUACUCUUUCCUCCUAUAGCCUUAUUCUCAUGCCCUGCCACUGUCCCAGCUUUUCCUUUUUUUUUUUUUCUCCUGUGGCAAAAAUUUGCUAAGAUUCAAAUCAGCAUCGCUGGUGCAGCCUGAGGUCAUAGAUAGAGUUUGGUUAAGGUAAUGGGGGAUUUGGCUUUUAUCAUGUGAGUCUAAUGAUUUUAUGUUUGUGCACUUUGGAUUACAAUAGCCGUGACAUUAAUGUUACAUGUCUACAGUUAGGGUGGUAACCUAGCUGAUACCUGGCCGUUCACAGUUUUUCCAAAACUUUUUUUUUUUUUUUUGCAUGGAAGUUUUCCAAUGGACAAGUCAACUGUCCCUUUUGGACUGACUAUUUCAGAAAUUGUUGUUUUUUUCAGCAGUGAGGCAAAAAUUUUGGAUGCGUAUUCUGGUGUCAGGUUAAAGGUUUCUUUGGCAGCUGAAUUUCCAUUGUUCCUGACAUGCACCAGUCCUCCCAGUAACAAGGAGUUACUGGGUUUUCAGUUCUGCAGUAGAGUGUCAAAUAUCCAGCUUGGAGCCUGAAACUGAUGCUUCACUUGGAUGCUGAGAUGUGGGCUUGAAGUGGUGCAGGACAGGAGUGAGAGAGCAGGGAUUGUGUGGAUGGGAACCACGAGAAAGAUGGACAAGGGAAACAGGAUCAGGACGUGAAGGAAAUAAGCCGUGGUUAUUUCUUCAGUGAAUUCCCCUCCAGAAGCUAGGACUGAUCUCAGUGUGCCUGCUGAAGAGCUUCCUGGUAGUGGGUGAAUAGAACAACAGAAUUUCUCUGUUCUCAGGUUUUGCUUCCUUAAAAAAACCCUAAAAACUCUCAAAAGCUAGAUUGAAAGAGUAGCGAGAUGGGGAGUGAGGCACUUGGAAGUUAGCAGUAAUGUUGUCCGUGUAUCCCGUUGACGUUCCCUUCUGCAUACGCAUUCCCGUUGGGUCUCACUGUACUGGAUAAUUGCACAAGGUGAACUAUGUAACAGAAGAGGUUGCUGUACCCCGCUCAGCUGUUGGUCAUCCGAUUGCUUAUCAGAUACCGUGUGUAACUUCAGAGCUACAGCAAACACGGCCGGCGCCGCAGGCAGGGGAGGAACAGAGCAGUUACCAAAAAUUAGAUCUCACCUCUGAGAUGCCGAUCUUUUCAGCUGGAACACCAGUCCCUGGGAAUGCAGCAAUGUACCUGCCAAGGGCUGCUAGGAGUGCCACAUCUGCACAAGGAUUUAGCAUCUUGAAUGAGGCGCACCAAACUCACUGGAACACUUUCUUCUGGCCUUAACCUCUCUAGAUGUAAAUGGUGGAAAAUUUUCCAGCUGUGUUGGAGCAUGGUGGGUACUGAAUUGGCUCCUAUUGGGGGAGGAGAAAAUAUACCUAAAGAAGAAAAGUAACUGUGUGCUCAGUUCAUGUUUGUAGGGUUCAUAUACUGAAGCGUGAGGACAAAAGGAGACAAAUUCUUCCUGUGACCACUGGAUACUGUGUCAAUCUGAUGGCCUGGGGGAAAAAAGGUAGCAAAACCCUCAUCAAGCUUGGUACUGCAAUUGGCUUUUUGUUGCCACCUGUUUUGGUCCCAAAUACACCGAAUGAUAUUGAUCUUAUGGCACAUAACAUCAGCAUCAUGUUCUACGGAACUGCAAUAGUAUCCACACUUUUGUUCUUCUUAACAGGAGUUGUGUUUGAAGAAAAGCCCAAAUACCCUCCCAGUCACUCCCAAGCAGUCCUGCAAACUAAACCUCCUGAGGAUUACUCCUACAAGCAGUCCAUUAUUAACUUGUUCAGAAAUAUUCCAUUUAUACUUUUGCUAAUCAGUUAUGGUAUUAUGACUGGGGCAUUUUAUUCUGUUUCCACAUUAUUGAACCAGAUGAUAGUAACUCAUUAUGAGGGAGAAGAAGUGAACGCUGGGAGAAUUGGCUUGACACUGGUGGUGGCAGGAAUGGUGGGUUCGAUUAUUUGUGGUUUGUGGCUGGAUUACACUAAAACAUACAAGCAAACUACUUUGAUUGUUUACAUUCUCUCUUUCAUUGGGUUGCUGGUAUUUACCUUCACCCUGGACCUUGGAUACCUUAUAGUGGUGUUCGUGACUGGAGGAGUGCUUGGGUUCUUCAUGACUGGCUAUCUUCCACUUGGGUUUGAAUUUGCUGUGGAAAUUACAUAUCCAGAGUCUGAAGGCACUUCCUCAGGUCUCCUUAAUGCAUCAGCACAGAUAUUUGGAAUUGUCUUUACACUUGUCCAAGGAAAGCUCACAACAGACUACAGUCCCCGUGCAGGAAACAUCUUUCUUUGUGCUUGGAUAUUUGUGGGCAUUAUUUUAACAGCCUUAAUAAAAUCAGAUUUGAGAAGACACAAUGUGAAUUCAGGGAUUAUGAACUUGGACGUUAAAGCUGUACCAGUUGACAGUCCUGUAGAUCCUGAAAGCACUGCUUUAAAGAUUCAGUCAGCUUUAUAAAGCUGGAGGAAGGUGACUUAGAAACGCACAAGUUUGGUUACAUAUGGAACAAUACGAGCUAGUAUAAUCACUGGAUUUUUGUGUAUGAGUAGUAAAAUGUGUUUGUGUUUGUUGAUAUUGGUGGUAGUUGUGUGUUGGAAGCUAUGAAGAUGCUCAGUUCAUUUUGCCCAAGAUGCAAACAAUUCACCUUUGUAGGGAAUAUUUAUUUUAAUGUUUUCAAGUUUUGCAGUUUCAUUAGUAAAGAACUGUGUGAACACCCUCCAUGGUAGGGAGACACAUGCAUUCAGGAUGCAUACUUGAAAAAAAUCAGGAAUCUUGAAGUAUAGUUGUCAUGAUCAGAAAUAUCUAAUCUUUUCUUGUUCAGUCUUGCUGGUGCUUUUGAAAAGUCAAAGAGUGGGGAGAUGCACAGCAGGAGAAUGUUCAAGGGUUCAUUUUUUAUUUUAAAUGUAUCUGUAUUUGAAUAUAAGCCAAUGAUUCCUUCUGGAAAAGUGAUAGCACAAUACUGAAAACAAGAGAUGACGUGUGUGUUUCAUACUGGCAUCUGACAUUUCUUUUGCCUUGAAACUUCUUUGUAGGUAUCAGAAGGCAGAUAAGAGACAACACUGUUUCUAUAGCUUCAUUGUAGCAUUUCUAGGGAGAGUUAAAGUUUCUCACUAGAUAAAUUGGAGAAAAAAACAUCUCUUAUUAAAUACAGUAAAAAGGAGAACAAAGGCCUUUGAUAUCUCUAUUGUGAAAUAUUUAUAAGCAAUGGAACACUACCACACAAGUUUCCUCCACAGAAUAUUUUGAGUGCUUUCUCAAUUAAAGAGAGAGGAGUAUGUGUUUACAAAGAGUCAGUGCCUUUACUUUGUAAAGAAGAUCCCUGCCUCAUCUUGAGUUUAAUCAGUGCUGCUGAAGAAAUUCCAUUUUGUGUGUUAAACCUCUGAAUAUUUGUAUUUGGAGUAUCAGAAAAUGCGUUCUGUCCUUUUUAUGAAUUGUAUUACUUGUCUCAUGUGAAAUUCCUGUGCUUGUGUAACUUAAAUCAUGUCUUUUGAAGUUUGUUAAAAGCUGUAAGGAUGAAUGUCAGCAAAAUAGUGAUAUUUUCACUUUCUCUGAUCAAAUAUUUUUUUAUACCAUCUUAGCUGCAAAAUGAGCAGACUUUAUUAGCAGCAACUUUUUGUUACUUCGUUGAUCUAUAUUUGGGAUGGGGGUUUCUUGCUGCAGUGCUUUUGAAAGUUUUCUCCUUUACCUUGUGCUCUAUCUACACACCCACAGAACUGAUAGCACUACAAUAAUGCUAUUGCUGAGAAAGUCAGACCGGGGUUAGUGGCCUUUUGGAAACACUUAAUUUUUAGCUCAGCAAACUGAGCCUGCAAGUUCAGUGCCAUCAGUGAUGCUGUGUCUUUGAGUUGCCACAGAUACAGUGCCAUCCAGAAGGUGGAAUCCUACUCAAAGUUUUGAUUGCUGCAGUUGUGGAUGAGGAAUUAUUUAACUCUGUGCUGGUUUCAGCUGGGCUAGUUAAUUUUCUUCACAGUGGCUGGCAUGGGGCUGUGUUUUGGAUUUGUGCUGAGCACAGGGUUGAUAGUACAGAGAUGUUUGUAUUGUUGCUGAGCAGGGAGCCAAGGCCUUUUCUGCUUUUCAUGUGUCAGAAAAGGCAGGGAAGUUGGGAAUGCAUGGGAUGUUGGGAGGAGACACAGCCAGGACAGGUGAUCCCAACUGACCAAAGGGAUAUUCCAGACCAUGUGGCAUCAACGUACGCAGUGGGGGGCAGAAGGAGGGAUGUUUGGAGUGAUGGUGUUUUCUUCCAAGUAGCCAUUGCACUUGAUGGGGAUGGCUGAACACCUGCUUGCCCAGGGGAAGCAGUGAAUUAGUUCCUUGUUUUUCUUUGCUUGUGUGUGUGGCUUCUGCUUUCCCUAUUAAGCAGUCAUUAUCUCAACCUGUGAGUUUUCCACCUUUUACCCUUCUGAUCCAUCCUCAAUCCCAUUGGUGGGGAAGGGAGCGAGCAAUCAGCUGCCUGGGGCUUGGGGCAUAGCUGGGCUUAAACAACAGCAAACUCCAAGAUAGUCUCUAAGUACAAUAAAUAUCAUUAAAAGCUUUUUUAUUUCGCUGUAGACUCAGGAAAAUCCUUUUGUAUAAAAAAGGCCCUGAAAACCCAUCUUUCUAAGCUCAGCCUCUAAGUGUGAUGAUCUUGAUUUAAACAUUUUGUAUGAUAAAUGCUUUAGACAGGGGAAGACCUAUCAGAAUAACCUAAGCAUGCUUGGAACACUUGCCUUGCCAAAAAGGGUUCAUGUCUCUUUGCCAGGUCCAGGUGUUAGGGAGAAAAUGGCCAGGCCUUGCUGCUCCUGGGGAGGUGAACUCUAGAACAGUCCACUGCUGAAGUAGCUGAAUAUUGGAAAAGUAACUCUUGGCUAUUCAAAUGGCAGGCAAGGGUACAGGAGUGAAAGUAGGGAUGCUUUCAUUGUGUCAGUCCUUUACUCUGAAGCUGCCCCAUCAAAGGAUGUACAUGUUUUCAGCCUGAGUGAGAAAAGUGAAAGUUUCUGCCUCGUGACAAACAUGGGUGGCUUUUCCCUUUGGAAAAAUGAUAAUAAUGUGUGCCAAAACAUAUAUAUGUUUUUCAGCAAGAUACAGAAAAUAAUUAUGUUCAUGGCCCAUGGUUGCUUUGACUUUUGGUGUUGCAAAAUCUUAACAAGAUAAUAUUUUUGUAGUUUUGGGUAAUUGUUUUCAAAUGUCCAGUAGAAAGUCUUUGGCAGUAUCCAGGCUGUUUGCUGACCUGUUCAGUACACGCUGUUCAGAAUAAAAGACUGAGUAUUUUUCUUUCUUUCUUAAAAUUUAUUUUUCAAUUCCUUUCUUCACUACUAGUUUCCAGUUCCUUUACUUAUGUUCAACUGAUUAUUGAAAAAAUAUUCUAGUUCUGUCUCCCUGUGUUUUUUUAUCUUCUGCCAAAUUCCUUGGCUACCUUCACAAAGGUUGAAACAAGAUUUUGGCUUGCUGGAAAGCCUGCUGGGUCCCCGAAAAGAAAAUAUUCCUAGUAAUGGAGGCUUAAUUACAUCUUGGAUUUAAUAUUCCCCUUCUAAAAGGAGCUUGAAAGUUGGAAACCUUUAAGCUAUUUUCAGGCAAUGAUAAAGUAUUUAAAUGAAAGGCUCAGCAGCAGAAUAAAGAGCAAAUAAAGAGCAAAUCAGUAUUUUUUAUGCAAUAGUCUUGUAAUCGGUCAAGAAAUUGAGGUUCUAGAUCAUGACAGAAAUAAAUUUGGAGUAGUUGAGGCUUUGUGGUUUUUGCUUUUAAUAUUUGGGUUAUAGCAGACAGCAUCCACUCAAUCAAUCAUAGAAUGUUAAGAGGUUGGAAGGGAUCUUAAAGACCAUCCGGUCCCAACCCACCUGCCAUGGGCAGAGACAUCUCCCACUGGACCAGGUUGCUAAAGGCUCUAUCCAACCUGGCCUUGAACAUUGUCAGGAUUGGAGUGUCCACAACCUGCCUGGGCAAUGUGUUCCAGUGUCUUACCAUCCUCACUGUGAAAAAUGUAUUCCUGAUAUCUAAAUUAAAUUUCCUCUCUUUCAGUUUGUACCCAUUCCCUCUUGUCCUAUCACUGCAAUUCCUGACAAAGAGUCCCUCCCACUUCCCUGUAGUCCUUCUUCAGAUACUGGAAGGUGCCUUCUUAGCCUGGAAAUUCCACAUGCAUCUGGAAUUGGAAAUAGUUUCUGACUCUCAGCCUUGAGAUCCGGGCUCAGCCCCCCAGCAAGAGUAGAGUUGAGGGCUAAAAAUCCUAACUGUUUAAAAAGGUAGUUGUAUCAUGAAUGGAAUUGCUCAUCAACUAGGAAAGGAUGUUUCUAGGUAUAAGAAACCAAGUGAGAGGAGGGAUCCCAAUCCCAUGCAUCAGCUUUGUUUUUCAAUUUACUUUUUUUCAAGUGUUUUGGGUGAGCUCUUGAGGAUGUAAGAGAACACACACAGAGGGGAGCAUAAAGGACUGCCCCAAGUUCCCAGGAACCCAGCAGGUUGUGCAAUUGAUAACUUUCAGCUCAGAUUAGCCUUAAAAUUUGUUCUUAUCUCAUUGUUUCUUCCCAGUCACGUUAAACUUUUGGUAAUUUCAGUGGAAGAGACUCAGAUAACAUUGACACAUUUUUAUUUAGGAUUCCUAGCACAGCCUUAAACCCCUCAUUUCUGUUGGCAGAGUGUGAAAAUACCAGACCUGUCGGGUGUAGUCUGGAGCUGCUGGUAGGUAAGUCCCUCAGAACAAGUAUUUGUAGAUAGGUACUUGUCUUUAGUAACAUCUCUUCCUAUUGCUAAAUGCCCAUGUUUUACAAGGAAGAAAGAACAAGGGAAGAAAUAGCAAAAAUACCUAUGAAUAGUUUUAGAUUAAUAGUGAUGCUGUGAGAGGCUGCCUAGAACAGAGGCUAGACAGUGUUAAAGGAAUAAA